AUGUUUGAUGGUUUUGUAGAUCCAGCAAUCAAGAGACUCUUGGCGAGUUAUUGGUUGGAUUCUUUCGUUACUACGCCGAGCAAUUUAAGUACGUCGAAAAUUCCGAUUCUAUGUAAUAUGUCAGAGAAUUUGUUUCUCGAUUACGUAACCUCAUUUAUAUACUGAGCAACUUUACGAGCAGCUUGUAUCAGUCUGGUUCUGUUACCGUCUUCAACCUUGUAACAAGGUGAUAACAACUUGUUCCAGACUUGUCACAACAACUGGGAACAAGCAGUGCGAACACAUCCUGAUAUCGGCUCGACAACAACCUUAUUACAACUUGUUUGCAAAUAUUUAACAACUUGCUCGUUUUUACGUGUGUAACCAUAUAAGCUGACCACUACCCAGGCACUGCUUGUCCCAAGUUGUCCGCAAGUUUGGGACAAACUGUUAACAACUUGUAACAACCUUGUUGAUAUCAUCAGACUUGUUGUAAGGUUGUUCCAACAAGUCCGAUACAGUCAUGAUAUAACAAUAUUGUAACAACCUUGUGUCAUCAACCUUGUAACAUUCUUGUAUCACGACUGUAUCAGACUUGUUAGAACAACCUUGUGACAAGUCUGAUAAUGCCACCAAGCUUGUUACAAGUUGUUAACAGCUUGUUCCAAACUCGUUACAACAACUUGGAACAAGCAGUGCGAACACAACUUGUCGACAGCUUGUGAACAGAUUUAUAACAACUUGUUUGCAGACCUGUAACAACUUGUGCGUUUUUACGUGUGUAACACGGAGUCAUCAGUGAUAUUGACCUGGAGUAUAUUUCCCACCAUUGUAGCUGGGAGGAUGACGUCAUCAGUGUUAGACAAGGAAGAAAAUAUCCUAAAGGAGCUUCAACAGUUUGGUUCAAAAAAUUUAUUUGUAUCGAAGGCAAGUCAAAAGAAACUUCGUCUAGUUUCACAUUCGCACUUAAUCUAUUGCUAACCAAUCAUGUCAAGCAAAACAACUGCACGUGAUGUUUGCAUGCUGUCAUUCUGUGGUGCUGAUGACUGUCUCAUUUUUAGAACCGUUCGAUUUAAGUUGUGUGACUCGCGCAGUACACACGCAAGAAAAGUUUGAUGCAAUCAAACAAAGAAUUAAAAUCGUAAGUAUGACUACCAUCAUAGUAGUAUAUCAUGUGUUGCACUGUUUUUGUAUAAACUGUAUAAUGACUAUACCAUCAUAGUAGUAUAUCAUGUGUUGCACUGUUUUUGUAUAAACUGUAU